AUGGCGGCGCUGGGGGUGCGGGGCUCGGCGGCGCUGCCCGCGCGGCUGCGGGCGCUGUGGGGCCUCCCAGCGCGGCGGGCGCUGGCGGCGGACGCGGGCGAGGGAAAGGCCGCCAAGCCCAAGCCCGCCUUCACGGACGAAGCGGUCCAGACGUUGCUUUACAAAAUGACGGGACUCGACCUGCACAAGGUAUUCCGGCCUGUGAAAAAGGGCCUCAAGCCGCCCAACUACAAGCUGAUGACCGAAGCUCAGCUGGAAGAGGCCACAAGAAAAGCCAUUGAGGAAGCUAAAGUAAAACUAAUCAUGCCCCCUGUUUUGAAUGAACGAGAGCCAAUUGAUGAUGUCUUAGCAGAAGACAAAGUCCUUGAAGGAACUGAAACUGCAAAAUAUGUGUUUACAGAUUUAAGUUAUUCCAUUCCACAUCGUGAACGUUUCAUUGUGGUUAGAGAACCCAGUGGGGUGUUACGCAAAGCGACCUGGGAGGAACGAGACAGAAUGAUACAGAUAUUCUUCCCAAAGGAAGGGCGCAGAGUGAUUCCCCCCACGUUAUUCAAGGAUGAGAACCUUGGGACGGUAUUCCAGCAAGACCGUCAUGAAGAUGUCCUUAACAUGUGCAUUGCUCAGUUUGAGCCAGAUUCACCUGACUAUAUCAGAGUUCAUCACCGCACUUACGACGACAUUGACAAACACGCCAAGUAUGACCUGCUCCGCUCAACGAGGCACUUUGGGGGCAUGGUGUGGUAUCUGGUCAACAGAAAGAAGACAGAUGGCUUACUCAUAGAUAUGAUCAACAGAGACUUGCUGGAGGAUGCUACAAGUUUAAUUACACUGUAUCAUAUGCUUCAUCCUGAAUGUCAGUCAGCAAAAGAAGCUAAAGAAGGGAAACUUCAAGGAGUUGAUCUGAUCAAGGUAUUUGCAAAAACUGAAUCUCAGAAAGAAGGUUAUAUCCAGCUGGCCCUGCAGGCUUAUGAAGAAGCAAUGGCUACUUCUUCAGCUUCAUGAAGUAAACAUCAGCUCAUCAUAAGUUUUAAGUCUGUUUAUAAAUAUUUUCUGUACAGGAUUCCACAAUAAAUACUUGAAAUUGA